AUAACACCAAGAACCUACAUAUUCCGUUUUACUAAAUGUCACUGCAGUAACCAGACUGAGUCUAUUGCCUUUUUGAAAAAGGAGUUUCAAAACUUGAUAAUCGAAAUAGAGAAAGUCAAACAAUACGUUCACGUUAUUAAAUCCAAUGCAUCGUAUUUGGACAAGCCUCGCAGCGAACCUUUAGUGCAGGGUCUUGAAGAGUCAAAUUUGGUAUGUGAUAGAUACUAUGGUAUGGGUAUUGAGGAUGCAUGGUCACGUGGCUUUACUGGAAAGGGAGUGGUAGUUGCGGUUACUGAUGUUGGAAUAAAUACGGAUCUUAUAGAUAUCCAGCCAAAUAUUGAUGAUGAGCUAUGCUUUAAUUUUGUAAACAAUUCAACAGAUGUGACACCGGAGUAUUUUCAUUCUUACAAAGAUACAUCGACCACAGACCACGGGAACAGAUGCGCAAGCCUUAUUGCAGCAGUAAAAGGAAAUAAUGUUUGCAGUGCUGGAAUUGCUUUCAACUCAUCCAUUGUCGCGCUUAAAAUAUUUGGUGUUUACAAAGACAUUCCUAACCAUAUCUAUGUGCGAUCAAGCUCAGACAUGAUGGCCAGAUCUCAUGUGUAUGAACUUCAGAGUAUUGAUAUUUAUUCUAACUCAUGGGGACCAAGCCAACCGUUUUCUCAAAUUAAUCUUGACCAAAGAGAAGCUAUAGAUACAAGUGCAAAGAAGGGUCGUCGAGGUCUAGGCGCUGUACAUGUAUUUCCAGUAGGUCCUACCGGAAAUGAGUUAGCAAACAACGAACAUACCAUCACAGUAAGUGCAGUAGGGCAACACGGGACCGUUCCGAGAGAUUCAGUAAUAAGCGCAAGUGUAUUAACUUCAGGACUUCUAAGCGGAAAUAACCUGACUGCAGAUUCCAUGAUGACUACUUCUUUCGGAAACAAAUGCAUAACGAGUUUUGCAGGAGUUUCUGCUGCCGCUGCACAGGUAGCAGGGAUGAUAGCGUUAGCUUUAGAAAUAAAACCGUUGUUGACGUUGGCCGAUGUUCAAGACUUGAUUGUUUAUUCUUCGGACCUCAGUUGCUUAAAAAUGUCUGAAAAUGUUUCUACAAAUGCUGCCGGGCUAAAAUUUCAUCCUGUGUUCGGAUUUGGACUAUUAAACGGGACGAAGCUUGUUGACAGGGCAAAUGAAAUGAAAGAGGGGUUGGAGAUUUCAGAACAAUCCUUAAGCCAAAUUACCGCGUGUGACAAUAAAACGCAUGGAUACAUAGCUGACUUUUGUUACAAUUGUAAUCCUAACACUGGUGAUUUCAUACUAACAACUGGAUGUUUGUAUGCUGUCAAAACUGCAAAAAUUCAGUUUAUGUAUCGGACGUCUGCCAGACAAAUGCGCAUAUCUUUGAUUUCUCCAAAUGGAACCGUGUCAAUUCUACAGGACUUAAGUUCAGACAGUUUACAAACAGGCUCUACCGGGAGAAAACAAAUUCUCACUUCAGUUCAUUUCUGGGAUGAAGAUGCAUCUGGUCUAUGGAGAUUCAAACUUCAAUCAGACGGACAAGUCGAUGUGAUAGGAAAUGUUUCAUUGUCACUUUUCGGCGUUGUGUCAGACAUUACAACAAAUGGGACAUCAAUAAAGGAAACAGACUGUGCAAUGACAUGUUCAGGUCAUGUCCUAGAUUCUGGUAAUUCAGAUAGUCAUGAUGUUGUAAGUGCUGGUGUUAUUGUUGCUGUCGUUGCUGUCGCUGCUGUUUUUGCCAUAAUAACGGUUGCAGUGAUUUGUAUUAGAUCAAAACACAGGAGUUCACAAAGCGGAGUACCAAUGAUAGAAAAUGGUCAAACGUCAGCAGAAUCUCAAUCACCGCUGAUGAACCAACGAGUAAACAGUGAAACUUUGGAAGAAACAGCCACAUGAGUUCACUGUUACCAUGUAUCAUUUGACAGGCAGCAGUUAUGAUAUGACUUUCUACUUACGAAAUAUUUAUGAUGGUGUAUGUAUUUGACUUCGUUUUAAGUUUGUCGUAAAUUUUCAAACAAACUCUUAAAUAGGUGAAAGAGUUGUAGCUAAAAUACCGCAUUAUAGAUAAAUUAGACUGCAACUUUCUAUAAAAUAAUAAGACCUACAAUGUUGCAUGUAUUGUCCAUUUUUAUAACUUGUUUAUGUUAACUCUAAAAUAAUUUAAACAUGUAUGUUUCACCUCAUUAAAAUAUCAAAGAAGAACAUUGUCGCAUUAUCACAUUUUGAUUGGUAAUCAUGCGUUAUUACCUUUUCAAAUUACUCAUUGACAAUUAGCCCUGUUGCCGGUAAUAUAUCUAUAGAUUAAGGAUUUUCCAAACAUGCCUGUAUUACCUUUAAAAGAUGAAAAAAACAAAGAAAAGAACAAUAUAAUUUUGUUUUCAUAAUUUCCAAACGUGUAAAUAAAUCCCAUCAUCAUUAAUAGUAAUAACCAUAAUGCGAUUAAUGUUAAUACCGCUUUUCAAAUUAAUCAACUUCUUUUAAUCUUGAAUUGUCUAAUUCAAUUAUUUACCUUUACAGUCAGCUAUAAUAGUGAGCGUAUUCUUUGAUGUUUUCACAGGGUCGAAAUGUCUAAAGAGUUGGGAUCGAAAUGUCCUGUGUUUGAAUUGUCUUUUGGUGUUGAAAUGUCUUGGGGUCGAAAUGUCUUGCUAGCUUUGUGGGUAUCAAUACAUGCAUCUAUCUACUUGAUUUCAGUACAAGGGAGGUCAUAUAGACAAUAAACAAAAACUUCUUUUCACAGUAACUUGAGUUCACAACUAAGACAAAAUAUCAAGUGUUGUACGAUUUCUUUAGAAAAGCUCCUUCACGAUGUAUCUGUACAUAUUUCCUGAUUCAAUGUCAUUGUUUUAUUUCGCCUAUAUCAAUAAAACGUAUUUGUCGUAAAUUCAGCUUAUCUGAUUGGUCGAGAACUGAUCACAUGCAGUUUCACAGAAAGUGAUAUUGACCGCAAAAAAGUGAUAUUCUUUUAAUAAAACUAACUUGAUUCUUCAAAACAAUCCCAUGCGUUUUACUUAAUAUAGCUUUGUCAAACACU